AUGCCUGCUACUCUACCUGCUGAAAAGGCUGCUCAGAUCAAGAAUCUUCAUGAGCAGCAAGCCACUCUCAAGAGGAUGAUUAUUAGUACAUUGUUGCAACUACCAUACAUGUACUGCUCCUUGUUAAAUACCAAAAUUCCUACAGGUAUUGGUGGUGGGCCCAAGGCAGCAGCAUCUUUGUCAGAUCCACUAGCACAUACUGUGCCAAUCCUAGGAUUUCAGAACUUCCCAAAUCCAUAUAAAUUGUGUGGAUUCAACCUGCAGAUGCUUUGUGGAUUAAACAACAACAGCUGGGAUAUUUAUCAGGACAAGCUCAAUGCUAUUGCAACCAAGCAAGGUGUUGAUUUACAGUUUAGUAUCACCAAGCAGCCCAUCCUGCAAUGUGUCACCAACACUGUUAACAAGAUGGUCAAAUUACGCCCCAAGAUACAGCAGAAGAUUUCAGAUCCUGAUUGGUUAAUCAGGCAAAUGCUCCAAGGCAUGCUGAAAGCCUCAAGGGAGAAACAUAAUAACUGGGUAACUGGCAAAAGGUGCACCCAAAAGCCAAAGACCACCAAGGACAACAAACACAAAGGCCAAGUCAAGGGCAAGAACAAGCAUGAGAGCAAGGCCAAGGGUGAGGAGAAGGAUGAAGACAAAAACAAGGACAAAGGCAAGAGAGACAAGAAAGCAGACAAGGGGAAAGGAAAGGAAGUGCAAGAGCCAGAUGAUGAGUCAAAAGAUGUUGAGAUGACCAAUGUGGGUGACAUUCUGGCUCCAGACAUGCCACAAGCCUCCACUGGUGGAAGCUUUAGCAAGGAUACUGAUAGUGAUCAACACAAGGGUCAACCCCUAUUCUCUAACACCAAUACACUUGAUUGCACUCCAGUACCUCCCAUCUGUCCACACCCCUGA